AACCAAAUGAUGUAGGCUACAUUCUCAGCCGACAUGACUGUCUGAGUGUGUAAAGGGUGUGUUCUGGUCUCCACUGAAUUUAUGGUCUCUAAACUUCAUAUUUUCUUCUAACUUGUUGCAAUUUUGGAGCGCGCCAGAGUCGCCAGACCUCACUUCUUCUUCUUCUUUCAAAUUUACGACGACCUCGAGCGCAACAUGUUCAGUGACAGUCCGAGCUCUGAUUGGUCCUCAGCGGCACUUCAAAGCCAAGAAGAAGCUACAACUACUAAAGCAACCAGAGAGGAAACACACACACACACACACUCAGCACUGUGCAGUCACCGCCAGCACACACACACAUUAUCACACAGCACAGACCAUGGCUGCUACAUUGCUAGGGGAGGAGCCCCGGCUGGGCAGCGCACCUCUGGCCAUGCUGGCAGCCACCUGCAGCAGGAUCGGUGAGCCCAGCCCGUCCUGCUCACCUGCUCUUUGCGACGCGAAAGGCUUUCACCCGUGGAGAAGAGGCUCCACCGCACCAGGUACCAGAAACCUCGGUGCCUGCUUCACCUCCAGGAGUAACAGCACCGGACUGACGGACACCUCCUCCAGCGCUUUCUCAGUCACCAACUCUCCUUUUGGGAAUGAUUUCUCCUCCAUGUACCACCAGACCUCCUCUGUGCCAUCAGAACACAACAACAGUGUUCCUGAACAGAGGUCUGUGUUUCUCACCAAGUUCCCCUCCUCGGUGGAAGGCAUAGCGGGGAUCUACCCGAGGAUGCAUCCCUAUGAGUCCUGGUUCAAACCGGUUGGAGACGUCAGUAACGCGUCUAGUGCAUGGUGGGACAUGGGAACCGGCUGGGUGGACACGCAGAGCGCAGCCGGGUUACCCUCACCUCUGGGCGGAUACAGCUCUGACUACAACUACGGAGCUUCUCAGCACCUGCACCCCUCCACGCAGCACCUGUUCGACGGCUUCAGGCCACCUGUGCAAGCUCCUUACUCGGAGUCCACCACGACAGGUGUUGUCACGGGAACCCCCGUGGUUUCUCUACCUGCAUCUUCUCGCUCCUCUUCCUCGAGGCGCUACUCAGGUAGAGCCACGUGCGACUGCCCGAACUGCCAGGAGUUGGAGAGCCUCGGCCAAGGAGGUACGAGUCCACGCAGGAGAGGCAUGCACAGCUGCCACAUCCCGGGUUGUGGUAAAGUUUACGGGAAAACCUCUCACCUGAAGGCUCACCUGCGCUGGCACACCGGAGAGAGGCCGUUCGUGUGCAACUGGCUCUUCUGCGGCAAACGCUUCACGCGCUCCGACGAACUGCAGCGGCACCUGCGCACGCACACGGGUGAGAAGCGGUUUGAGUGCGCGAUCUGCCACAAGCGGUUCAUGCGCUCCGACCACCUGAGCAAGCACGCGAGGACGCACAGCGCGGAGGGUGGCGAGGAGGAUGGAGAUGGAGAUGGAGAUGGAGAUGGAGCAGAACCGGGACUCGUUGUUAAAGGGAGCAGCGACACGGACAACAGCCUCUCUGGCUGUAGCCCGAGACAGUCUCCCGGUGUGAACGUGGUGCGUGAGACUGUCCAAACUAAGGUGGAAUAAUUUAACAAAGCAGCACGUGCAGGGCAUUUGUUUGAUUCCCACUGUAUACCAGCCUGUGUAUAUGGAGUGUGUGCUUCUCUGGACACUUAAAAAAACCUGAAAUGGCACUUUAUGAUGAACACUGUGUCCUUAUACCUCAUCUUGUUUGUAGCCUUCUUUAAAAAAAAAUAAAUUUCUACUUUACAGUUUAUCAGACUUGUUUUAUUUGAAGACAUAUAAUUUAUUCUACACAUUUUAUUUAGAAUGAAACAAGUGGCCUAUUCUGUCACCAUCCCGUUCAUUUUGUGACAUAAUUGCCCUGAAUUUUGAAUUUAAGGUUAUUCCAUACAGGUUAUUUUAAAAUAUGUUAGGUUUAAAGACUAAAUUAUGAUUUAUCUCUGCUUGUAAAUCAUGAUUAUAUUUUAUAACUCAGUAAAACAGGACCAUUUUUGGAUAUAUUUUGUUUCUCUGUGCGUUUAUCUGCUAUAGGGGUAUGAUUGAGCCUAUUUGUAUAUUCUAUUUUAUGAGAAUAAUGCAUAUUUUUGUGAGAAUUAAAAAUAUAGAACAGUAUACAUCUACUUUCUAUCUUGACUAUUCUAAACCAGGACAAAUUACAUAAUAAUUUAACAAAGCAACACGUGGGCAUUUGAUUCCAAUGUAUGCCAGCCUGUAUGUGUGGAGUGUGUGCUUCUCUGGACACUUAAAAAAACCCUGAAAUGGCACUUUAUGAUGAACACUGUGUCCUUAUACCUCACCUUGUUUGUAGCCUUCUUUAAAAAAAAUAAAUUUCUACUUUACAGUUUA